UCAGAAAAGGCUGGAGGCAAGAAGAGAUCAAAACUCAUCUUUCCACACCUAAGUACUCCCCAAAUGGACCCCUGACUCCCUACACUGGAAUUACCUGUCUACAAAGCCCAUUCCCUGCUUCCCAUCGGAAGCUCUGCGGGCGGACCGAGUCUCCACCCCGAAGCUCCACACUCCGCAACUCCCUGACUCGGGUUCCUCCUGAAUGCCUGUUGCCUGCGGUCGCACCGGGAUCCAGACAGCCGCCAGCCUGUUUCUCCGCGUGUGGGCCCGAGUCUUGGCUAGUCCGCCCGGGCGCGUCACCCGCCUGGCACACAGAGGCUUGGAACGCCCGUCCCCGCGGGUCCCGCCCGCGUCCCGCCUGGCCGGGCCAGCGGCGGCCGCCUACCCUCGCAGAUCUGCUCCCACAGGUUCUUCCCCGGCGACUCGGUGACCUGUGCGGGCGACACAAGCCUUUCUAGGGACCCGGGCGACACUGGGGGCACGGGCGUCCGCGCAGUGACCGACGAGUCCGCGGAACCCCCCGCCUCCUCGCGCAGCACACCGCGGUUGGACACCUGUCUAGGCACCGCCAUGCACGCGGUUUCCAUAACAACCGUGGGCACCGUGAGGCCGCGACCCGGAAGAAGACGGCCCUCCCGGGGGCGUGCCAGAAACGUGAAGAUGACUUCCGGGUCGCGGCGGCGCGGGUGUUCACGUGGGCAGGCCUGGCCUGCGGGUGGACCAGGAAUGGUUACCAAGACUCAGAAAGUAGACCUGGGCUCCCAGCUCCCAGAGAAGAAGAAAAAGAAGAGGAAGAAAAAGAAGGUGGUUGCAGAGGUCACAGAUCCAGAGACUCAAUACUCAGUCUUAAACAGUAAUGAUUAUUUUGUCGAUGGUUCUCCUCCAAGGGCCACAUCUCCCUCUAACAAUGUGGGUGAAGGGCAGGUCUCUGAGAUGCCACUGGGCAAGAGAAAGAAGAAAAAAAAGUCCCCUAGUGCUCACUUGGGGGAGCGCCUGGAGUCUGAGGCCUCAGGAGCAGGACGGAAAAAGUCCCACAGCCCUAGAAGGCAGGUCCGUGAGCAGUCAGCAGAAUGCCUCAGUGGAGAGAAGAAAAAGAAGAGGAGGAAGUCCUUACCACAGGCUACCUCCCAGUGCUCAGGGCUGAAGACCUCCCUAGACCCCAAACAUGCUGAGAAGGUUAGCAAAGCUGCUAAGAAGUCCAAAAAACACAGGAAAGAAAAGAAGGUUCUGAACACUGAAGCCUUUCCUCCCCAGGACCCUUGGCUCUGUGAGGCUGGGGAUGCUCUGCACCCAUGCUCAGGGUGGGCAGAGGCCGGGGAGCAGGCAGCCUUGGGGCAGAAAAGGAAACAGGGGAGAUCCAAAGAGCACAGCAUGAAGAAGAAGAAGAAGAAGAGCCACCAAGAGGGAGACAUCCUCCCAGUCCACUCCAAGCUCUCCAUGGAGAACGGCCUGAAGAAAGGAAGUAAGAAGUCAGUCAGAAGUGAAGCUUUGGACUAUAUCCCUAUAGACAGCCCAAAGGCCUCUGGGAAGAAAGGCAAACCCAAGAAAAAGGUGGACCAGCCGGAUGGUGAAGGGCUGGCUGUGAGAAGGAAGAAAAAGAAGAGGAAAGAGAGUGAAGUAAAGGAAGACCCUGGGCAGGAGGAAGAAGAGGAGUCGGACACAGACCUGGAGGUAGUACUGGAAAAAAAAGGCAACAUGGAUGAGGCCUGCAUAGAUCAGGUGAGGCGGAAGGCCUUGCAAGAAGAGAUUGAUCGUGAGUCGGGCAAGACAGAGGCUUCAGAACCCAGGAAGUGGACGGGAACCCAGUUUGGCCAGUGGGACACUGCUGGCUUUGAAAACGAAGAACAGAAGCUGAAAUUCCUGAAGCUUAUGGGUGGCUUUAAGCAUCUUUCCCCGUCAUUCAGCCGCCCUCCCAGCAUGUCUAGCAGGUCCAACAUGGCCCUGGACAAGAAGUCUUCAGACACGCUCCAGCAGAAUCUCCAGCGGGACUAUGACCGGGCCAUGAGCUGGAAGUACAAUCGUGGGACUGGCCUAGGCUUCUCCUCUGAGGCCCGCAAGGUCUUCUACAUUGACCGGAACGCCUCCAAGUCUAUCAAGUUGCAAGAUUAAAUUUUAUUGUUCUGUU